UAUAACUGACGUCUAUUGGUGGCAAAUUCUAUACAAUAAAUAUUAUUAUUUCAUUCAUUUCAAUUCGAGUGCCGUGAAUUAUUCUAUGAUAUUAUCGGAGGCAAUCUCCAUCACUGAGCACCGAAGAUACCAAGUGGAGUGCCAGCCAUCACUUCUAUUUAUCUUCAGCUUUUUGAGCUUGAGCACCUACUCAUGUCUGCUUCUACCUUUUCAUAUGAUACCAUUACUGCUGAUGGGAUUGUAUCACAGAUCACCACUCCAAGCGAGUUUCUUCACAUCUCUCAUAGCGAAUUCCGCACACGUGAUUGGGAACGUGAAUCAAAAAGACUAAUUGCAUCAGAAUUACAUUGCGUCACAUUGGCUGAAUGCUAUAAAAAUGGGAGAAUACCGAGGGGACUAAGGGUACAUUUACGCCCUAACCUGUUUCCAUCUAAUAAGGAAUAUUGCAAUAAAUUUGAAACCAUAUUGAAUAAAUGUUCAAUGGACAUUAUUGUUCUAAGUAUUGAGUAUCUACAAAAGUCUAUCUCAGAGACCCGUGACAAAAUUGCAACGAUUGAGGCACAACUUGUUUCUACCACCUCUACACAGGAAUGGAAUGAUCUAAAGAAGAAGACCGAGAAAAUACUGGAGGAUCAUAGAAAAUAUAUUGAACAAACAAAGCGGGCCAAAUUCACCCGAGAUACAGAAGAGUAUCAAUUAAAUCGCAUUUAUCGCUGGCAAUGGCAAGAAUCGGAAUCUCAUGGUUAUCAACAAUUUGGGGAUUAUGCUUCCUCCUCGUCUGGGAGCGACAGGUCCUCACGGCGCAGACCAUAUCGUUUUUUUUCCCCGGCGAGGCCACAGAACCAGAAGACGCCUGCAAGGAUACGCAGGGGACGACACUCCCGACAAACCAGAACCCUCAAUGAUUCUGACCAGGUCACAGACUAAAUGAUAAUGUCCGAAGGUAGGAUUAUUAUCUAUUAUCUUUUAUGGAACUACAGUUUCUUGACCAUGCUCGUUUGAUUUAAUUAACUAAUCUAUUAAUAUUAAUGUCAAUUAA